ACAACAUCCAGCACUGUUGUGGAUGAGAGGGAUAAAGGCUGCUCUGCCUUUCAUACAAACCAACGUCGCAGUUACUAAUUACUGAUUAUUGCCGGCAGCUGCUCUGGGUAGAACUUUAAAAUCAGUCAGACUUCUUCGUGUUUUUGCAUGCGGUGCGUGGCUGAAAGGACGUGAGAGAACCAACCAAGUCCAAUUCCAGAUUUAGGGGCUUGUAGUGUAGUUGUAGUAGCCUGCAGCAGCCAAGUUGCAUGCAGAAUAACCUGAUUCAGCUGAGGCUCGGACUAACACUGCUCAUCACACUGGACAGUCUCUUCGCCUGCGAGAACAAGGAUGAACUGAAAAAACAACAGAGGUGCAGCAGCUCAAGUGUUGUGGCUCUGGGUCUGAUAAAUGUCAACCUGCCCUCAUAUUUGUAUGGGUCUUUCUCCUCGGCCAAAGAUCUCCAGUGGCGGACUGAACAAACGAGGCAACUCUAACAGUUCUACGCCUGUCCUCAGUCUACUCGUGGUCUGACGGCACACACCAACAUCAAAGAUCCGUACAACUUCAACCAACACUGGACAUGGAGGAUUAUGACGUUCGCUCGGCCGCCAGCAUCUUGGCCUCGGUUAAAGAGCAGGAGGCGCGUUUCGAGCAGCUGACUCGAGCACUUGAGGAGGAACGCCGCAACGUCACCCUGCAGCUGGAGCGCGCCAAUCUGCCUCCUAAUACCCCUGCCAGUCAACCACUAGCAUGGCAGCAGGUGGUGAUGCAGGAGCAGAGCCCCAGUAACGCCACAUCCCUGGCCAUGAUGCAGGAGCCGCAGGAGGUGGUGGAAGAGACGGUCACCAUAGAGGAGGACCCUGGAACCCCCACCUCCCACGUCUCGGUGGUCACCUCUGAUGACGGCACCACACGCCGCACAGAAACCAAGGAUAUGUCAACCAACGUGAAGGUGACUAAGAUGGUGAAGACGGUGACCACGCGGACGGUUCGCCAGCUGCCCCUGGGUCCUGAUGGCCUGCCCCUUCCUGAGGGCUCGUCCCCACUGGGCAGCUACACUGACUCCAUUGACCGGCGCUACAUGAAGAAUGGAAAUGAACGCUUCAUCACUCCUCAAGCCACCUCCACCCUGACACGCUCCUAUAACAACUCCUACAAUGAUUCAUAUGGCGAGACACCAGAGAGCCAGUAUGUUCGUCACUAUGGUUUGCAUGAUGGCUACGCCGAUUUGACAGACAACUAUGGCAGUCUGUCACGUGGCGUCAACUUCCGGCCGCCACGUUACCCAUACAUGCCCAACAGCUACCGGCCAGAGAAUAGCUACACGCUGCCUAUUCGCAAGGAUGACUAUGGCCAUGUGGCCCAGCCCCAGGUGCCUAUGGGUAGCAGCACUGUGGAUCUGAACCGCUCACAGCCAGAGCGCUUCCAGCCAGAGCCGUAUGGCCUGGAAGAUGACCGCCGCAGCCUGGGCCCAGAAGAGGAGGAGCCAUAUGAGCUUGAACCCGACUACUCCACUGCCAACCGACGCACCCUGCAGGGGGCCAACCGGGGUCGCACCCACCGGGAACCUUUACGUGAUGGGCCACGAGUCAGAGGCUAUCCAGAUGACCCCAUUGAAGCAGAGCUGAUCGAUGAGCGCCACCCUUACAUCCACGGCAUGUAUUCGGCACCGCUUGCCCAGCCUGAGAGGGGCAGCAUGGCCAGUCUGGACCGCAUGGGUGGCCGGCGCUCGCCUUCUAUUGACAGCAUCCGCAAGGACCCACGUUGGCGUGACCCAGACCUCCCAGAGGUCAUCGCCAUGCUGGGUCACCCCAUCGACCCGGUUAAAUCCAAUGCCGCCGCGUACCUGCAGCACCUGUGCUAUGAAAAUGAUAAGAUUAAGAAGGAUGUGCGUCAGCUGAAGGGGAUUCCUGUUCUGGUGGGGCUCCUGGACCACCCCAAGUCUGAAGUUCACCGUAAGGCUUGCGGUGCCCUGCGCAACAUCUCCUACGGCAAAGACAAUGACAACAAGGUGGCCAUCAAGAACUGUGACGGCAUCCCAGCACUCAUUCGCCUGCUGAGGAAGACCAAUGACAUGGAGGUCCGAGAACUCAUCACUGGAACCUUGUGGAACCUGUCAUCUUAUGAACCCUUGAAGAUGGUGAUCAUCAACCACGGCCUGCAGACUAUGACCAACGAGGUCAUUAUCCCCCACUCGGGGUGGGAGCACGAGCCAAAUGAGGACUCAAAGCCUCGCGAUGCCGAGUGGACCACUGUCUUCAAAAACACCUCGGGCUGUCUCAGAAAUGUGAGCUCUGAUGGUGCAGAGGCUCGACGCAGACUGAGGGAAUGCGAGGGAUUGGUGGACGCCCUUCUGCACGCUCUGCAGUCAGCUGUAGGAAAGAAAGACAUGGACAACAAGUCUGUGGAGAACUGUGUUUGUAUCAUGAGGAACCUGUCCUACCACGUCCACAAAGAGGUUCCAGGAGCCGAGAAGUUCCAGGAUCCAUCAGCGCUCCAGGCCCCCGGCUCAGCGGGGCCACAGAGGAAGAAAAAGGAUGAUGCUGGAUGUUUCGGAGGCAAGAAAGCCAAAGAGGAAUGGUUUAAUCAAGGUAGAAAAAAUGGUGAGAACGACAAAAACUACGACACAUUGGAUCUGCCCAAACGCGCUGAACCGACAAAAGGCUUUGAGCUGCUGUAUCAGCCGGAAGUGGUGAGGCUCUACCUAUCUCUGCUGACAGAGAGCCAGAACUACAAUACCCUGGAGGCUGCCGCUGGCGCUCCAAACCUCAGCGCUGGACAGUGGACUUGGUCCAACUACAUCCGAGCCACAGUGCGUAAGGAGAAGGGUCUUCCCAUUUUGGUGGAGCUGCUGCGCUCCGACUCCGACAAAGUGGUCCGAGCUGUGGCCAUCGCCCUGCGUAAUCUGUCUAUCGACCGCCGCAACAAGGACCUGAUUGGAAGUUACGCCAUGCGGGACUUGGUGACCAACCUGCCCAGCGGUCAGCAGCGGCCUGCUAAAAACCUGGAGGAGGACACUGUGGUCGCCAUCCUCAACACCAUCCAUGAAAUCGUCACAGACAGUUCUGAAAACGCCCGCUCCCUCAUCCAGGCUCAGGCUAUAGAGAAACUUGUGGCCAUCAACAGGACCAGCCAAUCAGCUCGCGAAACGAAGGCGGCGUCCCACGUUCUGCAGACGGUGUGGAGCUAUAAGGACCUGAGGAACGCCUUGACCAAGGAUGGAUGGAAUAAAAGCCAUUUCCAGCCCACAGUGACAGCCACUCCAAAAGCAACCAAGAACGGCAAACCAGGCUAUGACGACACCACCCUACCCCUGAUGGAGAAGAACCAAGGCACCAGGAAAUGUGGCAGUGGUGAUAUGAUACCUAUGGAUGAGCUGGGUCCAGAUGGUUACUCCACCAUUGACCAGAGGGACAAAGACUGCAAAUACAAGACAGGCGACGGAUCAGUGGACCUGACAGAACGGGAGCCAUUAAAGAAUGACACAAAUAGGAAACACUAUAUCAGGAGUAACAGGCCUGCGGUCAGUCUGGUGGACGCUUGUGAUGUUAAGCCCCAGCCUGUUGACUCCUGGGUCUAAAUGCAUGCAUGGCUUAAUGUAAAACUACACCCAGCUAGAGGAGGAUCUCUCAUAUCACCACUGCCAUUUCACAUGAAGCUCAUCUUUGGAGUUUGGACUUUGUACAGAAAAGAGGUUUUAAAAAAAAAACAAAAAACAUCACAACAGCGACUACCCAGCAGCAGCCAGCAUUCUCUUCAUGCUUUUCAAGAAAAAUUUAUGGAAAAAAAAGAAUAAAAAGAGACUACUCCUACUACUUUCUCAUACUGUAUCGACAUUCCCACUGGACAUCAUGUGAAUUUUACAGUGUUGACUCUUGUUGAGCUCUGCCGACUGAAGAAACGGACAGAGGCCGGUGCUGGUGGAGGGAUGGACGCGUGAAGCGAGGAGGAGGAAGAGGAUGGAAACGGAAUGUGUGUUGGAAGGAAACCCGAGAGAGAAGAGAUGGAUGGUUCUUUCAUUUUCAGUUUUCACAUCUGGAAAGUGUUCACGCCUCAAAUGUUGUGGGGCUGUUUUAUUUUGUUAUUUUUUUUAUUUUUUUGAGAAUUUUACUUUCAGUUUCUUUUCAGGAUGGGUUUUUUGUGUGUUUUAUUGAUGUGAAGAAGUUUGGAAUGGUGUGUUUGAAAGUCACUGAAUGUUUGUUUUAGGUUUGGUGGGACGGACAUGAGAAAAGAACAAGAAAGAAGUUGGAGAAACCGAGCCUGAGAAGAGCUGUAGCUAUGGUGGAUAUGUUUGCAUUUCCAGCAGCCUGCUCUCAUUACCUUACACUCCAUUUGGUUCACUGUGUUUAAAUAAAACAUGCGCUAAGCUGCUUUAAUAUCAAAAGGUUAACAGGUGAUUGAUGUCCUUUCCAUAAAAGCAAGGAUUUUGCGGGUUGUGGUCUGGAGAAAGGAGGCGACACAUCCACUAGAGUAACUGAUUCUGGUCCACACUGCAUCGCAAAAGUAAUUGAACACAGGAGAGAACAGUUGAACUGCUUCGUCAUGGUCAACAUGCUGCUGUAUGAGCCAAGCGGCGUGUUAAUCUCCAUUCACAGAACUGUCAGAUUGUGUAGCGACGCGGUUCCUUCGAGUCUCCUGGCUGUUUGCUCUUUGUCAAAGAAUUGUAUUAAAGAGGAUAUAAGGCAUUUUGUUUAUAAAUGAUUUGUGUUUUCGAGAAGAGAGGCAGAGCAUUGCACUCUCGUUGAAAGGAUAGAUCUAAAAAAAAAAAAAAGCAUUUUUUAUUUUUGUUGGGUUUUAUACAAAUGUAUAUUAGGGUCAAAAGGAAAACAAGGAAAAAUGAAGGAAAAAAAAAAAAAAAACUGCAGACUUCUUAGUUGUAUAUUAAUAUCAUGUUGUUUGGAAAGCACAUCUCAUUUGAUAAAGGCUCACCAUGUUUGUAAGCAAAGAAAUAACCACGUAACUUAAAUGUGUGUCAGAUAUUGUCGAGUCACACCGACGAUCACCUAUUUAUAUUUUGUAUUGUCAAAAAAAAAAAAAAAAACGUUACAAAAGAGUUUAUCUGCAGUGUUCUUUCUAAAGGCUACGUUGACGUCCUCUGCAUCUUCAGAAAACAACAGUCCGGAGGGUCCAGGGGUCAGAGGUCAGAGGUCAGAACAGGACAAGAGAUGGCAGUGUUGUUAAAAAAAAAAGUCCUUUCAAUUUUCCGCUGCAUUUAAGCCCUCCUUCACCAGUGCAUCUUAAAGAGAAAUAUUUCGUUGUGAGCAUGAAGAAAAACUGUACAGAUGUUUAUAUUCUAUUCUUUCCAAGUGCCAGUUUUUUGUGGUGUCAUUUGGAUAUUAACUAAUUCUUUCAUGUGCUAGAAGAGAGUGCAGUUGGACGAGUGGAUGUGGUUUAAGGCAAAAUUAUAGAGUUGCAUCACACUGUACAAAGCAAAACAUCACGUUUGGUCAUAUAGUAUAUAUUUUUACAAAGUUUAAGGGAGGGUAAUUGAGAUCUUGAAGUGUGGAAAGGUGCAGAUGCCAUUUUUUUUUUCUCUUUUUUGUGAGACUGCACUGAGUUCAUAAGUGAUGUGUCUCCUUUCCAGCCUCAGUCUGUGCCCUGAUUCACUGUAGACCGGAAAAAGGAGUCCAGUCCAAGUUGAUAUCACUCAUGCGUCAUUUAGGCGAACGGCAUGUGCCUGCAUUGAAGUCUGAUUUUUUCUUCGUGACGUGACUUUAUAAAGCUUGCAUAUUUUACACAGUGUUUACAAAGAUGUACGUUGUGGUAAAAAUCAAUAAACUACAAAAAAAACUCAAUGUAUACAAUUUUAAUUUCAGAGGUUAAAAAGAAGUUCUAAUAAUCCCAGCAUCCCUUUCGUGUGUCCUCAGAAGUGUGUGUGCCGUCACUGGACGAUAUUAAACCCUCACACCAGAGAACCAUAUGACUGUCUGUUCCUAACUGCGCUCUGCAGUAACACAACCAAAGGAUCUGGAGUUGUAUUUACACCAGGUUUUUGGUUUUGUACAUGUACAGCACAUCAUUGUACAUUUACAAACCCCAGAGCCAACUGUGCUGUAGAAUAUACAAAGGACACAGACAUGCAUCGAAUCAAAACAAAACCUACCUGUGUAGAUAUUUCUGAUUCAAGACCGUCAAAAUAAAGUAACUGUACUACUCAGUAGCAGAUGUGUUUGUACCUAUCAUGUGCCUUAACCUUUUCCAUGGUAGAUAAAAAUAAAUGUGUUUUAUAUAACUUUAUUCCCCCCUUCAACUGUCAUCUCUCCAUCCCGUCUGUUAAUCUCUUCCCCUUCUCCUCCUGUGUCAGCCCUGCUCCCUUUUUCCUCCACUCAACUCACCCAUUCAGCCCCCCCUCCCCAUACACACCCUCCCCUCACUCCAAGUAGUUUAGACUGUUGGUGGGUUUCUGCCUUGUAUUACAUUGUAUUAUAAACUUUUAAAAAGAUAGAGUCAUUCAAAAAUGAUUUUGAUUUCCUAGAGGAGUAAAGUUGUUAAUGCUUUGGUAGCGAGCAGAAGCGAUCCACAGUGACAGAAUGUAUUAUGUUAAUUUUACUAAUACCCAGAGGCAAAUAUUACGCUUGUUAAACAUAAUGGAAAAAUACUGGUUUGUAGAGUAUAAAUUUGGUGUGUUUUCAAUAAAUCAUGCCUGGAAAGAA